GCGCCGGUGAGCUUCUUGGCGCGAGGCGAUGGAGGACGGACACAGUUGAAAGCCACCUGACGCGGGGCGAUGGAGGGCGGACCCAGGGUUGAGGCGGCGUUGAGCUCGGCGUCGGAGCGGCAGCGGCGGGCGCGUCUGCUGCUCGGCUCUCGGCCGCUCUUCCACCGGAUCCCGAUUCCAGUGGGCCUGGAGCGCACCCUGGAGGACCUGGCGCGUGAGGUGCUCCGUCGACAGCCCGACAACAUCUACCAGUUCUGCGCCGACUUCUUCCACCAGCGCCUGGUCGCCAGAGAAGGCCAGCUGACCGAUAAGCUGCUUAAGGGCGCCACGUCCGAGGAGGCCACAGACGGCGAGGCGGAAAAGGAGCCGGAACAUGGCGACAUCUCGCCACCACACACACCGUCACAGCACCCGGCGGCCGCUGGAGACCGCUCACAGGAUGAAGACGACGUCCGGGACGAGGCGAUGCUGCUGGGAGCGCUGGGUGCCACGGGUGCAGGCGCCGUGACGGUCGGCGCUGUGGCGGGUGCGCUGAAGGCAGCGCAGGACAGAGGCGACACGACGCCGUCCGACGCUGGCGGCACGGCCCGGUCAGCCGCCAGCCCUACGUCGCCGGCCGGUGACGGUGGCGCCGCCCUGGCGAGCGCAGCGGCGGUGGGCACAGGUGGUGUCCUCGCCGCCGCCGCGUCAGGUGGCGCGGCCGACGCGCAGAGGGAAGGGAGCGGUACCCCGAAGGUCGGCUCAGGUCAAUCCACGCCCCGAAGUAACGAAGCACAGGGUGAGCAGAGCCCGAGCGCGCCCGACGACAGCAGAAGCCAGGCGCUGAGCACGGUGGAUGAGGACCCUGUCGACGAGUCGAGCAGGACACCCGUGCCGGAGGACUGGGGUGAGGAUGCUUCUCAACAGCACGCCUUGAGUCGGGCAUCUCUGGAGGGUACCGAAACUAAGCCGCAGUCACCAUCAGCAGGUGUCGCAGAGUUCAGCACGACUCACCCGUCACGAAGUGGAAGUUCUCAGUCACGAAGCCCGGCAGAUGUGGAUCGCUCGACUUUUCAGUCUCCGAAAGCCGAGGGUGUAUCUCCGUCACCCGCUUCUCUCCAUCAGGAUUCCCCAAGGACUCAGUCCGCGGCAUUUGGAGAACUCAAUCGUCCUCAUUCCGGUUCAGCGACAUCUAAAGAUCGUACUCAGUCACCACACGAAGCCGAGAGUCCUCGUCCUCAAUCGACGCAGUGGAAGGACAGGUCUCGUGAGGAGUCUCCAAGCCUGGAUACACACACCACGUCAGACAUUAGGGAUGAUGCUCGCAUUCAGUCUCCACCGCAAUAUUCAGAUUUUAGAGCAGAAUCUUCGGCAUUCAAAGAUGACUCACGCACCCACUCUCCUACUCAAAGUGAAAAAUAUCAUUCCCAAUCUGUGGCUGCUGGCAAUGAUUCACCGAUUCAGGCCCCUGCAGAGGGCGCUUCCCGCCUCCAGUCUGCCACCAUGAAUGAAAAUGAUCCACAUUUUCAACAUAACACGGAAGGCGAGGAUUUUCGAGCUCAGUCAGCGUCAGCUGCGCAUGAUGCUCGCGUUCAGUCUCCCGCAGGGAGUAAAUAUUCUCAAAGUCAAUCCCCAGCCGUAGAUGAUGACUCGCGUGUUCAGUCUCGCACAAAAGGUCAAUAUUCUCAGAGUCAAUCUGCAGCUGCGACUGAUGACACCGGCGCCCAGUCUCCGAUAAGCCAAGGGUCGCGGGCGCAGUCAGCGGCAACUGCGGAUGAUGCUGAAAUUCGAUCCAACACAGGGAUUGAUAAUUAUCCAGCUCAUUCGGUAGCGGUGGAAGACGAUUCCCGUAUGCAGUCUCCCACAGAUGAUGCAGCAUCCACAACUCGGUCUUCUGCCGCCAAAGACGACUCUCACCUGCAGACCCCAACAGCUGGUGAAACCUCGCCAACUGAGCCGGCAGCCUUCAACGGCGACGCACGUAGCCAGUCUGCUGAAGACGUUGAAGGCGCUCGCAUUCAAUCUCCAUCGAUUAGAGGCAACUUUUCCGCACGAUACAAAGAGGAAAUGGAAGUCUCCAGGACGCAUUCCGCGGCUGCUGCUGGGGACAACACUUCGAACGUCCCGACACCUACAGAAAGCGCUCCUCGUGCCGAUUCUAAAGCGGAUGAAGACCGGUCUGAUCCGCGGUCGGAUCUUGCGAGCACGUCACCUGCAGCUGAAGCCACCGAUAAGGCCUCAGCUAGCCCGUCCCGGAGUGAAACUGGGUUGCUGAGUGGGCUUCCUGAGGAUCGCCGCGAAUCUGACACCGGCGCUGGGGAAAGGGGAAGCACAGUCCCCUCACGGGCAUCAGCCGAUGCCAGCAGAGCAGCAUCGGCCUCCGGUAUUGGAGCAAUGUCCCCCACGCAAAGUGAUAGGCGUUCUGAGGUGGAAACACCGGAAAUAGUACCGCAGAGAAGGGUAAGUAAUUUGACACCAGACAAGGAAAAGCACACAGAGGAGUUCAUGCAAACAAUGGCCUUAGCAGCGGAAGAAAGAAGCGAACAGCAAAACGUCAGCGGAGAACAGGAGGAAUCUCUCCACACACCGGACCACAAGGUCUCUGCGCCUUCGUUACGUCCUGACAGCAGCAUUAAGUCUGAAGGAGCUGAUAAGGAUCACCACAUGCAGGUUGACUUGGCCAGUAGGACUCAUUCGAGCACCGAUGCCGUCCUCGGCUCGGCUACCGACAUUCAGGACGAGACCGCCAUCGGGUCCUCUCCGAUCCCCAGUGUGUUCGAAGAGCCUUUCGUCAAGGCGGAUAGAUUUGUUGCUGAUUCAGAUGCGGCGUUGAUAUCGGGCGACCCCCCUGUUGUGAGUGCCGAAGAAGCAGACCAAACGCCUAUAGAACCAUCCCUUAGUGUGGCCGAAGAUGUCCGGAAGACGUCGGACGUGAUGGCUGCUGAUGCCAAGAGCCCAGCGGACGCGAUCUCAAUGGGGGACACCGCCUUCACGGAAGAGCAGCCAUCCAGGCCGGCGACCGCGGAGGAGGCAGCACUCGACGCGUCUGAUCGUACCGAGGACAAUGACUUUGACCCGCUCGCACAGACGCAGUCGGUGAUCUUUCCGGACGAGCUGGAGGGCGGCCGGACUUCACAGAUCUCGGAGAAGCCCAGCUCCCCCUUCCCGGAGCUGCAGGACGACGACACCCGGACAGACUCGGCCCUGGCGCAGUUCCAGGCCGAGCAGGCGGCCACCAAAAUCCAGGCGGGCGUGCGUGGCUGGCAGGCGCGCCGUAAGAUCUCGCAGCAAAAUGCCGCCGCCACCCAAAUCCAGGCCGGCUUCCGGGGUUGGAAAGUGCGCCGAGAGCGUCGGAUGAAACGUGCGACCUCCCUUCCGGACAUGUCACAGGACCAUGCCGACACUGGCGCCGGCAGCUACAUGGACGUCGACACACUGAAGAACAGGGCGGCCUCCAAGAUCCAGGCUGGCUUCCGCGGCUGGAGGACGCGCCAGGAGAUGAAGACGCUGGCGAUCGGGCCGCUAGAGGGCGCGACACGCGUGAGUCCGGCCAUCUCAAUGGUGGACGUCGGACCGGAGGACCAGGCGGCGACCAAGAUUCAAGCUGGCUACCGCGGCUGGAAGACCCGUCGCAUGCUUAAGCGCUCAUUAUCGGACCCCAACAGCGAGGCGCUGGUGUUGGCCGAGGGCUUGGACCAGCGGACCGUGGGAGAGUCCGGCUGUGGGCGGCCGGAGGAGGUGCCGACGCCUAGGGAGGAGGACGAGACGGCGCACUCAAUUCAGUCCAUUCAGUCGGAGGUGGCCAGCAGCGCGGCGCCCACACCGCGUCAGGACCGCGAUCCGGCCAACCCUCCACGCGGGCCAGAGCCUUCGGCGGCGGACGAGGCGCAGAUGGACGAGGCCGCCGCGCGGAUCCAGGCGGGCUACCGCGGCUGGAAGACGCGCCAGUCCAUGCGCGCUGGUCAGUCGUCUGUGCGACCCACAGUGUCGGCCAAGUCGGUGACGGACAGCGGAGCGUUGCCAAUCGACUUCGCCAUCGUGCACCGGCCGGAGGACGACUGGCUGGCGCAGGACACGCACAAGCUGAAGAGCGAGAAGGAGACGGACGUGGCGGACGGUCGCGCGGACGACGACGCCUCCACGGAGAGCUCCUCUAGCUGGCUGACGCGGGCGCACACCGAGAUCCGCGCCAGCUUUCAGGGGUUGCGGGAGAACGUCAGCGACGCUCUGAAGACGGUGGAGGACACGGCGAAGAUGGUGAGGGACAAGGGUGCGGCGGCGGACGUGAGUGGAAUAGAGGUGGUUCCUAAAGACAUCGCCAGCACAGUCGAAGACAAGGGAGGUGCACUUCUACUUUCCGGUGGAUCUCCCGGGAACUCCACUCACGAAUUGCCGAGAGGAGAAGCGUCUGGAUCAAAACAAGACGGCCGCGGAAGCUCAGAGAACUCUGAGGAGAAUGGCAGACUCACAGGUACACCGGGACGAGAAGAGGAGGAAAUUUGGGAAGAAAUUCAGAGGCACAUGCACCACGAAGACUAACAAAUACACAUGCUUACGACACACACAUGGUUUUCCGUCGGCUUGGCCACUCUGUACCGUACUUUGGUCGUGGUGUUCUUUAUUGCGCUGGCACAGCUUCGGCGCGGGUCAAAUGGGUCUUGGAACUGCGUGGGUUGUCUUUUGACAUGGUACUGAUUUAGAAUGUAUGAUUGCGUAAUGAACGACCACGUAAGAUGUUAUCAGCGAUACUUGUGUUGCAGCGAACACAAAUAUUGUGGAUUGCUAUGACGCGUUCGGGUGAUCCGUUGUGGUUCAACGACUGUUGUCAUUGUUUUAAUUCAGUGUUAUGUUUAUUGAUAACUUGUCCACAUCAUGCGAUUCGGCAGAUAAAUUAGAAUUAUGCAUCACUUUUCUCUGGUUGUCUCUGCUAAUCCUGAACAUAUAAAAGGCGUCGACCUUUAACAUCAUGCUUGCUGGCGUCGUGCAAAUAAUAAUAGUCCAGGGGUGUGCUUUCGUGGAUAAAGAACAUUGUUCCUGGUAACGAUGGGUACUUGAAAUCAAGUUACGAUCAUAAAUCAGAUCACAUUUACGUCAGUGUUAUGGCACUGGUCGGCUGACGUCGCCAGAAUGCUUAAAGCAUCUCUUUCAUAUUUGAUGUAUGCAUGUAUUUCUUUAACUCGGCGAAUUCGCGGGGACGAUCGUUGAAUAAACUCGAAACACCUUUCC